AGCGAACCGCCCGGCUACACAAAAACGGGGAGCAUCGCAGAAUAUCCACCACCUUGCACUCGGUUCGCGUUCGAUCAGUCCAGCUGUAGCACCUAACGCUCUCCUACACCUACCAACCCGUGUUACUACUACUAUUACUACUGCUGCUUCCGUUAAGCAUGACCUAGCCCAAAACACGAGUGUUUCAGUGUUCUUCAGUUUUUCAGUAAUCUGCGUACAAUAAUAAACACUACUACCUACAACUGCCCAGAUCCUGGAUGUUUCUACCGCUGAAUUCACUUGAAAAGCCCGUCCUUGCCUGUAAUAAUUUCAGCCGUUUAAUCGACAAGGUGUUUCUGAUAUACAAAAGAAUAAAACAUCACAUUUCUUUGAUUAGUGUUUGAAGCACGAAGAAGGAAUUGUUUGAAGACAAAACUCGAAGAUGAGAACAUGAACAAACAAUCGAAACUGUGCAUAUAACAGCGUACGUAAAUUCAGACAAGCGUUUUGCGUUCAUCUGCGUAUUAAUACAAAUUUGAAAUUGUUGACGUUUCAAAGAAAAUUUUUCGCUCGUUCGUUUAUUCUCCAAGUUUGGUGGAUCUACUAUCGCAAUAUAAAUGUCUGAUCCAGAUAACAACUUUGACGAUGAGGAGUUGGUGUCAAGCAAUCCUAAUCAGCGCAACUGGCGUGGAAUCCUGAUCGCACUUCUCGUCAUUGUGAUCGUGCUGGCAUUGAUCGUGACGUCAGUGGUGCUGCUCACACCGCCAGAUGAUGGCCCUAGGGUCAAAGGUCACCGUUUCAAACUGCAGGAUAUUCUGGGGCACGAAUUUACGCCGCUACGUUUUAACGGCAGCUGGGUCUCCGGCGAGGAGCUGGUGUUCAGGGACCAAUGGGGUGGCAUCAGUCUGCUCAAUGCUGCUAACCUCACAAUACGAUCGCUUAUGACCAACCAGACUUUUAAACGGUUGAACCCAGCAAGAUUUAUCAUGUCGCCCGAUCACCGAUUCAUCCUUCUAGCGCACAACAUACAAAAGUUAUUUCGACAUUCGUACCUGGCCCAGUAUUCAGUGUAUGACAUAGCAACAAUGGACACUUUCCCGCUGACACCAACGCCAGACGAAGAGGGUCAUCCAUUUCUACUCCAUGCUGACUGGGCACCAAGAGGCCACUCCCUCGUCAUGGUGUACAACUACGACAUCUACUAUCUGCUCAGUCCCAGAGGGAGUCAAUCUUACAGAGUUACCAAUAGUGCCGUGCCUGGGAUUGUCAGCAAUGGUGUCACCGACUGGCUAUAUGAAGAAGAGGUACUCAGUAGCAACCAGGCACUGUGGAUGUCAGAUGAUGGACAUCUCAUGUUAUAUGCAACAUUUAAUGACACGAUGGUGGAGGAACAGCGCUUUCCAUGGUUUGCAGUGCAAGACGAAGGAAAACUUUACCCAGAAAUACGCAGCCUACGUUAUCCAAAGCCUGGAACACCAAAUCCUUUAGUGUCAUUAUGGGUAGCAGACCUAGCUGAUCCAAAGAACAUACGCACAAGAGACCUUAAACCUCCAGGGGCAUUACAACACACCAAUGAAUAUUACUUCACAGCAGUAACAUGGGUGAGCGUAACCGAAGUAUCGGUCGUGUGGAUGAACAGACCCCAGAACCUCUCUAUAGUUACAGUCUGCAAGAGUCCAAUGUGGUACUGUCAAGAGACACAAAGAGUAAGUGGGGAAGGCCAUGGCUGGGUGGAUUCACAAGAAGCACCUCUUUUCUCAUCAGACGGCAACAACUACGUUACAAUAUCACCUGUUCGUGAUGGGCAUGCGGGCUUCUUCAGACACAUAGUUUCAGUUAAUAUACCCAAGAAAAGGGUACUACCACUUACACACGGAAAAUUUGAAGUGGCUAAGAUACUAGCAUGGGACCAUACUGAAAAUUUAAUAUAUUACUUGGGCAUACCAGAAGGACACCCUGGACAACUACAUUUAUAUCGAACAAGUUCGUCAUCGCCCCGGGUAGGAGUGCCUCUGAAUGCCCCCCAGUGUCUCACUUGCCAACCCGAGCAACCGAGCCACCAUCCAUACUCGGCAUAUUACGCAUCCAUGGCAGGUGGAAGGUCAGGAGCUAAUAGUGAGACAGAAUCCGAAGAGUGGGGGGAAGGAGAUGAUGAAAUAUCACCUGCACCCACACAAUCACCUCUGCAGAAGAGAAAGGGAAAGCAGAAACAACGGUGGGAUGCGAUGGACGUCCUGGUUCAACCGUGCCAGUACCACAAUGUGGUAUUCAGUCCAGGACUAAAUUAUUAUGCACUGGAAUGCCUGGGACCUGGCGUGCCAACGGUACAACUUUAUGCUACACGGGGAACCGCUCCAAAACUUCUUGCCACAUUACAAAAUAACACACAACUAAUUGAGAGGGCUUCCAAAAUGGCACUACCACAGGUUAAAACAUUCCCUGUUCAAAUAUCAGGAGGAUACAACGCGCAGGUUCGACUUCAUCUGCCCCCCGGACUCAGGGAAGAAGAAAUAACACGUUACCCAUUAGUCGUACACGUAUAUGGUAGCCCAGGAUCACAAAUUGUGACAGAAAGAUGGAAGAUGGAUUGGAGUACAUACUUAGCAGGGAAUCGAGACUUCAUCGUGGCACAGAUUGACGGACGGGGCUCAGGAGGCCAGGGGUAUCAGAUGCUUCAUGAAGUGUAUAUGAAACUUGGCACAGUUGAAGUGGCAGAUCAGUUGGAAGUUACCGCGUAUCUACGAGAUUCCCUUCAUUUUGUGGACAAACGGCGUGUUGCUGUUUGGGGGUGGAGCUAUGGAGGUUUUAUGGCAGCCAUGGCCCUAGCUCGGGAACAAGAAAUCUUCCACUGUGGUAUUUCUGUAGCUCCGGUCACAUCAUGGAGACUAUAUGAUUCUGCAUAUGCAGAACGAUACAUGGGACUGCCAAAUGUAACAGGCAAUUAUAAAGGAUAUGAGGAGGCUGACGUAAAUUUGCGAGUGGAACAACUACGUGAUAAAAUGUUCUACUUGGUCCAUGGAACUGCAGAUGACAAUGUGCACUUUCAGCAGAGUAUGACACUCGCCAAGAAUCUAGCAAAUAAGGGUGUCCUUUUCCGCCAGCAGGUUUACCCCGAUGAGAGUCAUAGUUUAAGCGGUGUAAUGCGGCAUCUAUACCGAUCAAUGGCAAAUUUCCUCGAUGACUGUUUUCGCAAACAAGUUCCUCCAGACCUGAAAGCUGGACUUCGCAACGGUGGAACAAGUGGAGAGUGAACAAAAACACUGAACAUCAUAUUCUGCACAAUGUUUCAUCAUCAGCUACCACUUCCAUACAUUCCCUUCAGUUAGGGAACUCUUUUUGAGAAACUGAAAAAUGUGAUUCGGAACUGUCAUCAUUACACCAAACAAUGAACCCAAUCAGGUGAGCGAAUGCACAGGUGUCCAGAGACAGUCUCACUCAAAUUAAGAAUUGCUCACAAUAAGAUGUUAAUUUUGAAAUGGUUAUUCCUUCGCUGAUCUUCGAGCUGUGAAUUUCUUCCUCAUACUCAGAGACAGUUAUAUUAAUGCAGAACAUAAAGUCUCACAUUUUAAUGGGAAUAUUUGUGUUUUAAUUACUCUCGGAAACUUCAUUAAUCUCGUAAGAAACAGCGAAACAGGAUAAAUGUUGUGAAAACCAAACAUAAAUUAUAUCGCUUUAUCUAGGAGCAUAUGAUUUUUCAGUUAUUACUGUUUUUACGUAUUUGUCACUAUCUACUCUACAUAAUGCAAAUCUGAAUCUAUGCACUAUGAUAUAGCAACAACAUAAAUGUCAAAUAUUAGAAGUUUGUAGACAAACACUGGAAUACUCAAAAUAAGCAUUUCCUGAUAAAAUCUCAGUUGUCACUUUCAGUUUCCCAGGUUCUAUGAGUACGUGACUAUUUUAGAACACAUGACAUUUUGGAGUAACUUGUGGUAAUAUUUUAAGAGGCUGUGAUACGGUUAUGAACAAUAAUUAGUUGAAUUUGUGAAUUACUUUACCAAAUAAAAAAGAGGGCUAAGAGAAACAUUGACCACUGAUGAUUAAAUGGCCAUUAAUAAUGGCAAGAAAACAAUGAAUUUUAUCUGCACAAUGAAUGUCACGUGUACGAGACUCAAAAGGUCAUUAAGUUGUAAUUGUUUAUUAGUAAAUAUACUGUAAUAAGUGUUUAGAUAACAUUAUAGAGGGGCAUAGUACUAGCACACAAUCAUAUCAAGAUGAAAUUAGAACUGAAUAAUUCUUUAAAGUAUGAUUAUCUGAUAUGGGAAGGUAUCGAUUAUUUGUGAGGUUAGCCAAAAGGAAGUUGUUGAUAAAUACAGGUAGAAACAUGAAGAUCAGGUUUUGGUCGGAGGUAACUUCUGAGAUGUUGCUCCAUGUAAUCUCGUAGAAAUUGGCUAAGAUUUCAGAGGUAUUUACUGCCUCCAUCAUCAGGAACUUAUCACCCUAAUAAUAUAAUUCUGGAAGCAGUAAGCAUGUAUGAAAAAUUGGUCAAUAUCUGACUGUACGGUGCAAUGUAUCAGAAGACAGUCAUCUUCAUACCAGAUGCUUGGCUGGCUUUCGUUCUUGUUAGUGAAAAGAAAGCUGUUAUAUUCAAGCGGACAAAGAUGUGUUGCUCUCACUGGUAAUGCACCAACAAAAUAUGGGCAUCGUGGUUAUGGGAUUGAUACUGCGUGUGUGUCAGAACUGAUAAAGGCACAGAAGGUGAGAUAAUUGAGGCGAAUUAUGCAAGGGACAGUUAUGGGGUUCACAGUUUGGGUGUCAAGACUGAUGAUGGUAUAGGAGUUGGGAUAUUAGAGAAAAUGACACAGAUGGUAAUUUUGGGGUUGUUACAGGUUGGCCAUUGAAACUGGUAAAGACAAGGUUAGUAGGAUUUAUGGGUUGAUGCAGUUUAGAUGUUAAAACUGGUGAAGGAACUUGAAUAACCACCACGGUGGUCUAGCGGUUAGAACGCUGGGCUUGUAAUACUGGCGUCGAUUCCCGGCGGUGCUCAGAUUUAUAACUUGUGUCGGGCAAGGCCGUUGUCUAGGCAUCACGGAGUUUUCCUCCGGGAUUUCCCCGGUUUCUCCGUGGCAUCCCAACAAUUACUCCACUUUCGUCAUCAUCUCGCGAAAAGGGGGUCACAAGAGGAGCGUUAAAUGUUGUGGUCCCGGUCAAACCCAUGUACUGAUGGGUCGUGAAUCCUGCUAACCACCAAUGCACACCAUGCUGAAUGGUGUGUACUGGAUACGGAAAAAAAUAGGAUGAAUAUGACAGAAUAUAAAAGUCGAUAGAAGAUGAAAGUAGAAGAAUGAUGAAGUAGAAGGCAGGCAGUUAAGCUGAAGAGUGUUCUAGCACAGAUCUGUCCACUAUAAUCAUGGAAUGAACAGAAAUUCAUCCUGCACGCAUAAGGUCAAAACUUACAAUUUACUAUCAAAUUACCCGUGGUUUUUAUGAAGAGAUAUGUAUACAUAGAAAGAAGGAUAAUAUUGAAAGGCAUUUAAAAUAAACUUUGUUCGAGGAAGUGCAUCGAUGCUUCAAGUUUACGUAGGCUAACAUUCUUUUUCUCACACUCUGAGAUAACAUGGUAAAGUUAAUUUAUUCCUGGUGCUUAAAAAUGCACCACACUGUGCAGAUGUAUGGGGGGAGUGAAGGUAUAGCUUUAAGAAUUUUUAACCACAGCAUCAGAUGGAGGUGAAUGUUUAGCUUGAAGCAACAUAGUAUCAUUUCAGUUAUACAAUUAUAUUAUUAUUAUUAAUUACAAACGUCUUUCUCUUCAGUUAUUAAAUAUGAAGCAGAGUAUAUUAUCAUUAUUAAUAAAUACCAUAAUUAUUUGAAUCAUUUCAUAAAUGACUCCUGCACUGUUCCAGAAUGUUAUUUUGAACCACGAAAUGUCGUGGCCUUCUGAU